AUGAAGGCCAUCAUCAAGGACAUAGUGGCCGCCGUGUGCGAGACGGGGCUUCAGCCUAUCGCUUUGAUAAGCGACCAGGGGACUUCAUUUCAAAGCGCCUUUAAAAGCCUUCAAGAGGAAACUAAAAGAUCACAAAUCUUAGCAGGCCAGAAUACCGACGACACUAUACACUUAAAUGGCCAUAGUCUUAGUGUAGUGUAUGACCCGCCACAUUUAAUCAAAGGAGUGAGGAAUAACUUCUUGACGAAGCAUAUUAUAAUGGACGGCAAAGUGUCGAAGUGGCAAGACUUGGUGGACGUGUACCGCACGGACUGCCGCCACGCGCAAGCUCGCCUGCUGCACAAGCUCAACGACGAGCACAUACUCCCGGAGAAAAUCAAGAAAAUGAAGGUGAAAAACUGUGUGCGUGUUUUCAGUCAAACCAUGGCAGCAGCUUUAUCUUACACAGCUUCAUUUUCGCACUACGCGGACGGCACGCCUGUGAGCGCUACGCUGUCCAAUACGGCAGAACUGGUGGCCUUCCUCGAUGACCUGUUCGACAGCGUCAACGGCGCCAGCACCCACCACAAGCACACAAAGGGAAAGCAACUGCGGACUGCCGUAACUGAAAACUCAAAACAUCACGAUUUCUGGGUGAAGGCGAUAGAAAUAAUAGAAAAAAUUGAAUUCCGUGAUAUCAACGGAAAAUUGACAACAGUUCCGACGUUGAAAAAUUGGUUGACAACUUUAAAAAGCUAUCAAAGGCUGUGGCAGGUUAUGAAAGAAAAAAUAUCAAGAUAAUGCGCCCGCGGUAUUUUAACUCCGACGCAAUAGAAAAUUUUUUCGGAAGAGUGCGAGCGUACAACGCCAGAAAUAACGACCCGACCUGCCACGCUUUUGAGUGCACUUUUAAGUCACUAUUAGUAACUAAUUUAAUAAAAUUUCACCAAAAUACAUUUAAUUGUGAGGAAGACUGUGCUGAGGAAGUUAUUAAAAUUCAGUCGUUGUUUGCUCACACUGAAGAAGACAAUGCAAUGAUCGAGGAUAGUACCAUAUUGGUUGAUUCUGCGCCUUCAUCAUUAUCAACCUUCACCGAUCGUGAAGACGGCGCAGAACAACUAAUCGUGCAAGCCACACGGGAGCGUCUGGAUGUACACUCACGGGCAUAUACCGCGGGAUGGGUCACAAGAAAAGUAUUAAAAAUAUUGAAAUGUAACGAUUGUGAGAAAGACUUAACAACUGAAGAAACGGAUAUCCAUAAAUGGAUAUCCAAAAGAGAAUACAAUGUCAUCAAAAAGAAUAAAUUGACCUAUCCCUCGGAACAUGCUGUGAGGUUUUUGGGAACAUUGUAGACGAAUCGAAUGAAUAUUUGGAACACAAUGCCCAUAAAGCAAACAUCAAAAAACAAAUUACUCAAGUUGUACUUUCCAAAUAUUCAUUCGAUUUUGUCAAAUGCGAAAUGCACCGUGUUUUGGCAGGGCAGACGUUUUUAUCUGUAUCUCUGACAUUGUCGAUCUUCAACUGGUGCAAUACUAUAAAUAAAAUUUUAAAAGGCACUGAUGUGUCACGACUGACCAUGAAAAACUUGCCUCAAAUGCAAGCACAGGCUUUCAGGAAAUAUAAAAAAAGGUUUAGAAAUAAAUGAUUGUGUUUAUAUGUGGUGUUUUCAUUUCAAAAGUUGUUUAAGUUUAUCUGGAAGUAUUCUGGGUGAACUUAAAUAGCUUUCCCCUUUGAAAGUAGCCUGAUAUUGAAAUUUGAGCAGAAUUGAACUUUGAAUUUCCCGCUUUCUGGUGAGCAAACAAUUCAAAUUUCACGAUUAUUCCCGCCAUUUUCAUUAAAAAAAAAAACAAACGUCAGUAUCGACAUAGCACGACCACAGAUACUUAACGACUAAAGUUCAAGUAUGGAAGAUGUUUGUCUGAUACGUAGUAUCUUCUUAGUAGU